GGCUCAGGGAGUGGUUGGUUGAGAGAAACACCACCAGUUGGCAGCCAGACACUGCUGGGGGUAGACAUGUUACUGUGAUGAUAGAUCAUCAGUGACAGUCCACGCAGCCUAGUCAAGACCGUGUGAACCAUCUCAGACAGUUAGCUAAAGUGAAAAUCCAGACGGACAAGAGGUGACCUAACUGAAGUAUACAGGUAUAAACAUCUCAGAGGUCACUACUCAGUCGAGUGUUCAUACCUAGAGCUGGCGGUCGCCCAUCCCACAAGGGGUCACAGCUCUUGGAACAAUCUGUCAGCAAGUGUUGUGACGGUACCGAGUGUGAGCUGUUUCAAUACCAGACUUGGCCACCAGUGGACUGGAGCAGGUUCAGAUACAUUCAAGAGCCAGUACUUGUCAACAGUUCGUAAAAGAAACGUGAGCCUACGGCCAACGAGCCCGUCAGUGCGAAGAGGAAAAUAUAAAUAAAAAAUAAAAAAUAACGCUAAAGUAUACGAUAUACACAGCAUCAUACAACGGCAUGUUAGUGAAAUACAUUACUGUGGUGCUAUAGAGAAACCAAAUAACUUUUACAUAGAGCAUAAAUAUCAUACAUCGUCAUUUACAAGUAAUCACCAUCACACAUAAAAUAGUUUAGUGAAUCAUACGCCAUCAUGGCAGACGAUAUAGAAAAAGUAAUUGAAAAUAUUGGAUUUGGUCGUUGGCAGCUCAUACACAUACUGGCAGCUGUAUUGGGUCCUUCCGCCCUAGCCCCCGCUCUGAUUGGAUCAACUUUGACCAAUAGUGCUGUGCCUUAUCGCUGUCGCCCCUCCCACACCAAGAACUUGUCUGACCCGCAGUCCUACGACAACGGCUGUUUCUAUACGUCAUAUAACAACGGUUCCAUCUUGGUGGUUGACAUGGUGAAGCGUGAUACUCUCUCAAACGCUUCCUUCAAGAGCAGCAAAAUGGUCGAACAAGAUGUGGUGAUUGAGGUCGAGCCUUGUAUGGAGUGGGAAUAUGACACCUCAGACUUCACCUCCACCGUCACCAGCGAGUGGAGUUUGGUGUGUCGGUGGGCGUGGCUUGUGCCCCUCUACCAGAUGUUGGUGAGCGGGGGUUGUAUGUUGGGCGACGUGGUGGGCGGAGCCAUUAGCGACAGACUGGGUCGCCGCGCUACAACUCGCUGGGGUUCUGUGGUGGUGAUGAUAGUGGUGGUGGUGGUGGGCGUGUCUCCUUACCUCUCAUUGGUGCUCGUGGCCAGGCUGAUUCAGGGUCUCGCUCUCUCUGCCAUCAUCUAUCCCUGUUAUAACUUGGUGAUGGAGAUAACGCCAGCCAGCAAGAGAACGCUGGUGGGACUGCUGCUGUGUGCCCCCUAUAGUGUGGCUGUGAUGAUCUACGCUGCCAUGGGAUACCUGCUGAGAUCUUGGCGUAUCUUGCAUCUGGUGUCUUCUGUGUUUGCUUUCGCUCUCUUACCCGUCAGUAGGUUCUUGGAUGAGUCGCCCAGAUGGUUGAUUCAGCAGGGGCACUUUGAGAAGGCGGCGAAUGUGUUGAAGCAUGCAGCCACCCUCAACCAUACCACCAUACCUUCCUCCUCUGAGCUCUCCUCUCUCAUGGAGAAUAUCUAUAUGGAACACCGUGAACUGGAGGAGUCAGAAGAGGGAGAGGACGGUGUCACCAACCAGUCCUCCCUGAGUAUCUUCUUCAGGACACCAGCCAUGAGGGUUAUAUCCUUAGUCACCCCCAUCAUGUGGUUCCUGAUGGGGGUUAUCUAUCUUGGCAUACCACUCAACGUCAACAACUUCGGCAGCAAUCCUUUCAUCUACUUGUGCCUGACGGGGUUAAUGGAAUUGGCGCCCACAAUCGUCGGGGGAAUCUUCUCCGAUAGGUUCAGCCGAGUGCCUACUAUGUCUGCUGGUUUCAUCACUGCCGGGGUGUCUAGUGCUGCCGUCAUCUUUGUGCCGCAAGACUUGUGGUGGCUGCGAUGGGUACUGGUGAUGGUGGCAAUGGAGAUGAUCAGUACUUGUUUCAUGGUGAGCUUCGUGUGGGCAUCAGAGCUCUACCCGACGGUGGUGAGGUCGCGUGGGUGUUGCUCCUGCUCCCUGGCUGCCCACCUCGGCUACUUCGUCACCCCGUUCAUCACAGAAAUCCUGGCACACUUAGUAUGGUGGCUCCCUAACUGCAUCUUCGGGGUGUGUGGAGUGGUGGCGGGGUUGCUCGUUCACCUCCUGCCAGAGACUAGAGGACUUAAUCUCUGUGAAACUGUGCAGGAUGUUGACGGGAGAGCCUGGCGGAGGAGACAGCAGCGGGGCACGAAUCAGGGGUGGUCUUUGCCAACGAUGCUAAUGUCAUGCAACGGAAGGAAUGGCAAGAUGGAAGAGGGUGGAAAUGGAGAGGAGGCGAUGGAGGUGGUGGCAGCGGAGGAGCAGCAAGAAAGGGAAGAGGAGUGUAGGGAGGCAUCUAGUGUGUGAAAUGACUGGAGAGCUAGAAGGUAUACGUUAAGUAACAGCAAUGUCAAUUAACAGUAGAAGUGUCAUAUAACAUUAGAAGUGUCAAGUAACAGUAGAAGUGUUAUGUAACAGUAAAUAUAUCAAACAACAGUAAACGUGUCAGUCAACAGUAUAAGUGUCAAGUAACAAUAGAUAUGUCAAGUAACAAUAGAUAUGUCAAAUAACAAUAGAUAUGUCAAGUAACAAUAGAUAUGUCAAGUAACAGUAGAAGUGCCAAACAACAGUACAAGUGUCAAGCAACAGUAGAAGUGCCAAGUAACAGUAGAAGCAUUAUGCAACAGUAGGUGUGUCUGUAUGUUAAUCCUGUUCCCUAUAACUGGUGCUAAGUGAACAUGUCUAAGUAAGAUGUGAAAUUGUGAUGUUGUUUUGGGCGAUAGUACUUUUUUUAUUUUGUCUUGUGAUCGACCGUUUAGUCCCAUUCUUAUAUCUUUACGUAUGAGGAAUUUUCACUGUAUAAAUCUUUAAGAAUCUGGACUUGAGAGUCUUGAUACGUAAAUAUUCACACGUUAAAAAUUUUCUCCUCAAUAUCGGAAGAUGGAGGUGGGCGGCUGAGUGGGUGGGAGGCAAAACAGUACUCCAGUUUAGCCUCAGUAUAGUCGUUGUGGUUAUUUGUUACUCAUGUUUGCAUCAAAGCUUAAAAGGUGAACUAUAGAUCUAUAUCAUGAGUUAUUGUUCUUGGUAGAAUAAUUUGACUGGAUUUAAUUAUAUAAAAAAAUCUACUGUACUUUAAAAAAAAAUCCUUGACGGGGUCCAUGAAAUGUCAAACAUAUAUUGUAUAUAUUCAGUUAAGUAUUUUUUAUAUUACAAAGGCAGGGUUUUUUUACAGUUUUCUACUACAAAUUUAUAUGGGAAUUAUUAAAUGACAACGUAUUAAUAAUAACUUAAGUGUUCAGCCGGAUAUUCAUCGUUUAUACAUUUUUUCAGUGAAAUUAUUAUAUUGUAUGUACUGUGGCAGAGAGACGAGCCCUGACAGUACACCACACUUUGGAUAACGCGUUAGUUUUUGCUUUUGUGUUUUUCACCUACCAGGAUUAUUGUCACUGUUCACUAUGUCAAACCACUACAAUAAACAGACAAUUUUUAAUGAAUCAGUAAUAUACAUUCUCUCUGUAAUUUGGUUAAGCUUAUUAUAUACUGUAUAUUGUUCUGAAUGUUUAUAAAUGUGUAUAUAUCUC